AUGAUUACGAGAGCCAGAAGCACAGCGGCCUCCCGGCUGCUACGUUUGGCUCAGCGACGGUUUACUGCCGCGCUCUCUGCUUCCACGCCUCUGGAGCCAGUCAUCGAGGACACCAUCCGGACCAUUGGACCGAUUAGCCUGUCAAAGUUCAUGAGAACAUGUCUCACCCACCCCGAACACGGCUAUUACAUACACAAGGACCCUUUGGACGUAAACAGCGGCGACUUUAUAACCGCUCCGGAGAUGUCUGUGGCGUACGGGAUGACCUGCGGACUGGCGUUCGUGCGAAUGUUUCUUGCCCAGCUGCAAUACCAGAGUCGACACAACCCUGGUUUCCAGGUCAAGGACAAGAUUUUCCGGGUAAUUGAGUUUGGCCCUGGCAAGGGCUCCAUGAUGAGGGGUCUGGCCAUUGUUUUCAAGCAGUACAUAAUUGAUAACCCCGUGGAGAUCGUCAUGGUGGAAAAGUCCGACAUUCUCAUCAAGGAGCAGCACAAACUCUUGUGCAAGUCUCAGGAGCUCGAAAAGGUCGACGAUUACAACUUCAGAAGUGUCACAGAAUGGGGGCAGAAGAUCACGUGGCAGAAAAACGAUCUUGUUGAGCUGGAUCUGGACCCCAAGUACAUGAACUUUGUCGUUGCUCACGAGUUUUUCGACGCCCUGCCCAUCGACCGAUAUACCAAGACCAAACACGGAUGGCGAGAGUAUCUGGUGGAUGUGCGGACACCAGAAGCUGGCAGAGCAGGGAAGUUUGGGCUGGUGGUGGCUCCUCACGCCACGCCCGGGUCAUUCAUUCCAGCAUCCAACGAACGCUACAAUAAACUAGCCGUCGGGGCCAACGUGGAGAUCUCGGCGGACGCUCACAUGUACGCAUCGCAGCUCGCCAAAAUUAUCAACUCUGCCGACGUCGGUGGAGCGCUGAUCAUAGACUACGGCCCAAUGGAUACAAUCCCGAUCAAUUCUCUGCGAGGCAUCAAGGGCCAUAAAUUUGUGGACCCGUUUUCAGAGCCUGGCAAAAUCGACCUUUCUGUGGACGUCGACUUCUUGGGACUGAGCCGUCUGUUUGAGUCACAGGGACUGAAAACAAUGAUACAAACACAAAGCCACUUUCUCAACUCAUCGGGGCUGCCAAGCAUCUUGGAAGGUCUUGCCUCUAGCAUGAAGGAGCAUCAGCAGCGGAUCGAGACGCUAUACCAACGCCUCACCGGAUCGGCUCCACAGGAUAUGGGAAGAGCGUACAAAGCGUUGCAGGUUUACAGGAACGCCAACAAGACUACCUGA